AUGCGGUCACGAACCGGCUGCUUAACGUGUCGAACACGAAAGCUUAAAUGCGACGAAGAAAAACCCGAAUGUUCACAGUGUCGCAAGGGUGGCCGAGAAUGUCGUCCGAGCGAGGGGGUCGUCUUUCGCCAUCAGCAGAACGCGUCGAUGAAUCGGACCUCCCCAGAUGGUCGCGGUAGUCUCAACGGGUUCUAUUCAUAUAAGAACACUUUCGACAAGGAUUCCGUGUGGCUGGAUGUUCCUAAACAUGUGGUUUUUGUUGACAAUUCCGACCCGUACGCCGAUGAUCUCGAGGCCUCGCUGGCUGAACCCGGCAGUGCAGCGCAAGCACACUCAAACAACAAUCGAUGGGGCAGAAGCGGCUCUCGAACGAGCGAUGCUGAAACGCAAGGAUUGGAAGCCUUGUCGGCGGUCGCAACGCGUGAUCGCUUCUCAUACUCUCCCCUAGAUCCUUCGGUCUCCGACUCUCCCUCCUAUACCUCUCCGAACAGACAGCGAAAUGCCGCUCUUCCCCCGCCUUCGCCUUCCAUGUCGCUGUCGUCCACCAGCAACAAUAACAAUAUUAAUUUCCUCCUCAACCCUUCACAUACGAUGUCUCCGAAUAUCGAUCCCAGCAUGCAACUUUCUGACCGAGGUACGGCGCUGCCAACGAGACCCGCAGCUGCACAGAGAAGCUUGAGCCAUAUGAGCCACAUAAGCCCCAUCAACCAUGCACAAGACGACAAUGCAGAGGCCGACUUCGAGGUCGCUUUCCUGUUGCGUCAUUAUUCAGAGGGCCCGGGUCUGUGGAUGGAUCUCUUCGACCUAGGGACAUACUUCGCCUCAUACGUCCCAGUACGAGCAAGAAGUAAUCCACUCUUAAAAUUCGCUGCGUGCGCAUAUGCUGCCAAGCAGCUGGGCAGAGUAAAAGGUGCUAAAGCACCAAUGGGCGGAGUAUGCUCACAACAAGCCGCCAUGGAAAUAUGGCCUGAUAAGGACCCCGACUUCUCAUGGUACGGGGCAAAGUAUUAUGAAAAGGCAAUCCAGCUGUUGAUGAAGGAACUGCAGCCAGAUGCAGAGGGUCCGCCUCCAUUGAGUACGCCAGAAGCAUUUGGUCAAUGGCAGGCUGCCGAGCUGUCUGCAGAUACCGAUAAUCCACGUAAGCGUCGGAGACGGGUCUCUGCUAGUCGGCUGUCGUAUGGCGUUCAUUCGGACGAGGUGCUCGCGGCGACGGCUAUCUUGUCCGUGUAUGAGUUCCUUGACGCCGCGGGCCCUGCGUGGAACCGUCAUUUGAGUGGCGUGAAAUCGCUGCUCGACGUUGCCGAAGUGGGCAUGAUGCCUCUUGAGCAGCGUCCGUCUCCGGGGGAGAACUCAUAUCAGACUUCCAAGAAGUCGGGACUGUCGAAGGCACGUAGAGCGACAUUCUGGAACUUUGCGCGCCAGGAUUAUCUGGCUGCCUUCAUCAAUGAAUGCCACACAAGACUGAACACAGAUGACACAGUCCUCUGGACCGAAGCCGGUCUACUUAUCGACAGCGCGGGCUAUAUCCGCCCGAGCAACACAGGCGCAGCAGGAUACCCCGAAGACGAAGACGUAAUGAAAGAAGACCUCAUCAGCAACGGGCUAGUCUGGAUCUUGUCCAAGAUAGUCAACUUCGUAAGCUCCGGCGACAACAUGCAGUUAUCAGAUAACCGCUCCGUCCCCGGACCGCUAGGCGUUUCGCAACAAGCCCUGCUGGAGCGGUGGCACAGGCUCGAGUCCGAGCUCGACGUAUGGUACAACGGUGUCCCAGAGACCUUCCGCCCUUGCGCACGAGUAGAUGCUUUCAAGACAAAGCACCACCGUCCAGUCAACGAAAUCGAAGACAUCUCCACCCUCCAGGAAAUCUGGUACAGUCUGCCGAUGUGCGCAUCGGCCAUGCAGCACUACCACAUGGCGCGCAUCUUGCUGCUGAUCAACAAACCGCAUGAGUCAACCAGUGGUCGGAGCACCAUCGCCCUCCGGCUCCAGUCUUACCGCUCCAUCGAGGCGGAGAUUGCCUUUCAUAGUCGCGAAAUCGUCGGCAUUGGGCUCUCUCGUCCGGAUGGAAGUGUCAGGAUCAACUCUCUGCAGCCGCUCUUUGUUAGUGGGCAGUGUUUGACCGACCCGCGCGAGCGUCGCACUACAGUGCGUCUGCUGAGGAGUAUUGAGUCGGACUUGGGCUGGGCCACUGAGUAUCGUGUGCAGCAGUUGCUGAAGGAGUGGGCGUGGGAUGAGAGAUUGACGCGAUCGCCUGAAGUUGGGUCCUGA